UUCUAUUCUACGAAAAUAUUUGCGCAGUCUACUUGAGAAAAGGAAUUAAAGAUAAGGCAGUGAAUUAUCAUGGCUUGGGUGCCCACGUCACGUUUCGAGCACGAACUGAGGAAGAAAGAGGAAUUCUCAGGAACCGUUCCCAUUCAUACCUAUGAGCAUUUGGAAGCCCGCGAAGAUCUGCUUGGAUAUGGGACGCCGGGUGGAAAGGGCCGAGAGAUUCGUCAAAGUCUGCAAAUGAUGGAGACGAUUCAGAGAGUAGCUGGCACCAAGCCGCUGGGCGAGCACGCCACAAUGGAGGACUGGGAGGACACCGCAACGGCGGAGAGGGAGGCGAUUGCCAUCACCCGGAGCUUCGGAAGACUGUCCGUUAGACAGGACUCACCGCCCCUCCAACCGCAUAGCUUACGUGCGGUUGCUCAAAAUGAAAGCCAGCGAUUUCCUCUGAUAACAGCCGAGUUCUUCACGACACGGAAGAUUCGUAGACCAAAGGAUCUUCCGCCAGCGGAGAACAGUCCGGAUAACUCAGCCGAUGACUCAUUUCACACUGAAAGUCUGAGCAACUGCAUCUGCCUGAACGGAUCGAAAUAUCCAGAAAGGACCAGCAAUGGGAGAAACCCAGAAUACACGGAUACUUCAUACUUCAUACAUUACAUUGAGGCAAACCCAGUUGACCUGGAUAAGAACAAGGAAAAGAGGAGGAAACAACGACCCAGACGUCACCAGCAACGCCAGGCUAACUAACAAAAUUAUAGAGUUAGUUAAAUCCGACAAUAGCCAAUCUAACCUGAGCAUAUACUGAAUAAUUUAAACUCUUUUUUCUAUUUUUUAAUAUCAGAUUAUGUGUUAAGUUAACACUACUAAUAUUCAAAAAUACUCAUUUUGGUCAUAUAAAAAAAAUAAAACUACAAUUACAAAUCGUU